CGUUUUUCCGACCUACGUUUGUCCACAACAGCGCCUCAUACUUGUGCGCUUCAGACAGCUGCUGCUCCUUUGGCUAAAGUUAGCCAGUCGGAUUUUACUUAAAUCAUGUUCAGUAAAAAGCCCAGAAGAAACUUCAGGACAAGGCGGGAUGAAUCAAGUGAAGAAGAUGAACAGAAAACUAACGAGGGAGAAGAAAAUAGCAUUAAACCUGCCCCCGUUCUACGACGGUCAAAGUUGCCGCAAAGCAGGGGAAUUUCCUGUUCUUCCAAGCCGGAGGUGGCCACCGAUGAAACGAAGUCACAGACUACUGCUGAAGAUGCUAACGAUAAAAACAAGGCUGUUACAGACGGAGAACUGUUUCAACGAGCUGAAAAGAAGGAAAACCUGAAGAAUGAUGCGCUAAGUUCGUCUGAUGUAAAAGAAGGUGGUAUUCCUGAUGCGAAGCUGAUCCGUGCAGCACUGAGACGAAGGAGAGAGGCGAAAGCACAGAAAGAUUAUAUCCCCCUGGCCCGGGAACGGGAGGGCUCUCAUUCAUCAGAGGAAGAGUCGGAAAGGGAUGGUGCUGAUGAUGAUGAUGAUGAUGACGACGACGACGAUGACCACGAGCGCCGAAUCCAGUUUGCUCCCAAGCUCAAAACUCUUAGAGAGAGGGUAGCUGAGGAAAUGGGUGGAAGUGACAGUGAGGAGGAUGGAACAGACAGUCAGGAAGACGAGGACCAGACGAUGUGGGAGGAACAGCAAAUCCGAAAAGGGGUCACGGUGUACAAGCAGUCUUCCCAGGACACCGUAAGGCAGAAAAAGAAAUACAACAUUCCUGAAUCUCUUCCGCAAAUCAGCAUUGAUGUCAUAAAGAAGAGAGUCAGUGCAAAGUUGGAAACGCUGAGGCAGGUGAGCCGGCGCAGUGUGAUGGACCUGCAGAGGGUCCAGCUGGACAUGGACAGCGCCAAGGCUACCCUGGAGCAGCUGGAGAGCGGGUCCAGUCACGAGCAGCACAGGUUCUACAAGGGCAUGGGGCUCUACACCCAGAACCUGCUGGAGUGCCUAGGAGAGAAGGUGGUGGAGAUAAAUGCAGUGGAGCUGGACAUGCACACUCUCCUGAUUGACCAGGCGGAGGUGCUGUUGUCCCGCAGGCGUGAGUCUGUGAGGGAGGUGUCCACUCGUCUCCAGCUGCUGGCUUAUGGCACGGAUCCAUCCGACAACGGACAUGGAGACAAAGCGCAGUUAGAGGUGCGGGAGCAAAGCCAGUCCUGCGAGACGGCAGAUGCAGAAUAUGAGAACCUGCCGGCUGACGACGAACCCCUGCCUGAGGAGGCUGCCGAGCUGUGCAGGAAGAGAGAUGAGAUCCUGACGAAAGCAGAGAAUAUCUUUGCGGACGUUCACAAUGAGUUCUCGGACGUGAAGAACAUCCUCUGCAAGUUUAACAAAUGGAGAUUCUUGUUCUCGGAGUCGUACGACAACGCGUACAUCAGCCUCUGCAUCCCCAAACUCCUCGCCCCUCUCGUCAGACAACAGCUCAUCGGCUGGAACCCCUUAAAUCCUGACUGCAAGGACAUUGAGGCCUUUCCUUGGUAUUCUGCUGUAGAGGACUUCUGUCUCAGGAAGGGAUGCAAUGAGGCAGAGAACACAGACAUUUCAGUUCUGAAGUCUAUCAUUGAGAAGUCAAUUUUGCCAAAAAUCCAAGGUUUCGUGGAGCUAAUCUGGGACCCUCUAUCCACGGGACAGUCUCAGUGCCUGGCCGGUCUUUGCCGAACUCUACUGGAUGACUACAAGAUGCUCUCUGGGGAACAGAGCAAACCCGUCAAGGCUCUUUUAGAAGCUGUUGCAGUUCGACUGAGGAGCGCUGUGGAUGUCGAUGUCUUUAUCCCUCUUUAUCCAAAAAGGUUUUUAGAUGAUGCAAGUUCCCCACAGUUUCAAUUUCGAGACAAACAGUUCUACUCUGCUGUAAAGCUUCUGCACAACAUCACGCUUUGGCACGGUCUGGUUCCAGAGGACGUGUUGAUAGAGCUCGGACUGACCAAACUACUGAGCCGCUACCUCAUGAUAACUCUCCGGAGUGCACCGUGCGAAAGGCAUUCUGUGGAGAAAUGCAAAAAGGUUGCUGUGUGUUUUCCCAAGUCCUGGUUUGAAGAUGUGGACGCCGGUGCAUCCAUUCCUGAGCUUCGAAUGUUCAGCGAGCACCUACACCAGACUGCACAUGCACUGUGCAAAAAGAACCCAAUCACCGCCAUUACAAGGGAGAUUGUCACUGAUCUGUUGAUUCUUCUGAGAAACAUGAAGGCUUUGGACAGUGUGACAGAUAUAGUCGAAACUUACCAUUUUGAGGGAUUUUAAGGACUCAGGUUUUCGUAGGUAGAUUUGUACAAAUUACUGCAUGUAUUACUUUGUUCUCAUGUAUAAAACAACUUCAUGGAUAUAAUUUAUUUUCCUACAGCUGUCAAAUUUUGUAUUUUUGUACUUUGUCAAAGUGUUUUCUUGGUUCAUAAAUCUGUGGUAAAUAAUU